AUGAAUGAACCAAUUACUAGAGUACGUGAAUUAAUGAAAAAGAUUAAAUAUUCACCUACCUUGAUAGCUCGACUUAAAGACUUUUGUGACAUUAAAGGGAUUAAAUAUCUCUCUCCAGUCUUAGAUCUCCCCACCAGAUGGAAUUCUACGUGGGCCAUGGUGGAUGGGUUUGUGUACCUUCACAGUGCCCUGGUACUUUUUGGGACUGAUAAUCCAACCAUUCAAGCACACCUACCAAGAAUGGAAAUGACAACUGAAAUCAAGGACACCAUUGAAGUCCUCUCCUGCCUACAAAUGGCAACUCAGGUUGUAUCAGGUGCCACAUAUCCAACAAUUGGUCUCACACGUCUUGUUAUAAUUGGAAUAAUUGAACAUCUUGAAGAAUGUCUACAGCAACAUACAUUCUCGCAGCACGAAUUAUGUAGAUGGAUUAAAGAGAACUUGAACGAUAUUGGGAGAUUGUUGAUGCAACAACAACAAUAUCAACAGUCAUGGAUCCCUGAUAUAAAUUCUCACUUUUUGAAAAUCAUCAGUUAA